AAAAUAAACUUGACACUUUCUUUUUCUCUCUUCUUUGAGUUAUCAUUGUUUCAUCAAACACCUAGAAAAAAUGGCUCUCUUCGUAUGAUGAAUUCCGUAGAAGUUGCAAUAUCAAGCACAUUAAUCAUAUAUAGGAAAUAUUAAUCCCUGUCCCUUAUAAAACGAUGUCUUCUCCAAAAAUUUCUAUUUUGUUUCUUUUUUUCAUUUUAUUCUCCGUAUGGACAACACCAGCUUCUGCGACCAAAAAGUCUUAUGUGGUAUAUAUGGGAUCCCACUCGCAUGGCUCAGCUCUUACUAGAGCUAUUCUCCAAAGGGUAUCAGAUUUCCACAUUAACUUCCUCGCAACAUUCUUGGGAUGCAAAGAUAAAGCAAAGGAAUCCAUAUUUUAUUCAUAUAGAAGGCGUAUUAACGGUUUUGCAGCUGAUUUGGAAGAGAAAUUUGUAGCUCUAAUUCAAUUGCAUCCUAAGGUGAUUUCUGUUUUCCCAAAUGAAAGGAGAGAAUUACACACAUUCCAUUCUUGGGAUUUUUUGUCUUUGGAAGACAACGGUGUAGUUACCCCAGGUUCUUUGUGGGAAAAAGCCAAGUUUGGCCAAGACAUUAUCAUUGGAAAUCUUGACACAGGUGUUUGGCCAGAAAAUCCAAGUUUCAAUGACGAAGGUUAUGGGCCCAUUCCAUCAAGAUGGAAGGGUGAAUGUCAAAAUGACGAUAAGGUUCCAUUUUCCUGCAAUAGGAAACUUAUAGGAGCUAGGUAUUUCCACAAGGGAUAUGAUGAUUUAAGGGGAAAUAAUAAUACAAGUAAUAUUCCAAACUCUUCCCGCGAUACCGAAGGGCAUGGAACACACACACUGUCCACUGCGGCUGGUAACUUUGCUCCCAACGCAAGUGUCAUAGGAGUGUACAAUGGAACUGCAAAAGGUGGUGCACCUAAAGCUAGAGUUGCUGCUUAUAAGGUGUGUUGGCCAGCAAAACAAGGAGGAGGGUGUUUUGAUGCUGAUAUCCUCAAAGCAUUCGAUUUCGCCAUAGAUGACGGUGUUGAUGUGAUCUCCGCCUCUGUUGGGGGAAAACCACGCCCAUAUUUUAGAGACGCGGCAGCGAUCGGGGCGUUUCACGCCAUGAAAGAAGGUAUUGUAGUGGUUACUUCUGCAGGAAACUCAGGACCUAUGCUUUCAACUGUAGGCAAUAUUGCACCUUGGAUGAUAACCGUGGGAGCAAGUACUAUUGAUCGUGAAUUUGAAUCCAACGUCAAACUUCAAAAUGGACUUACCAUCAAGGGAACGAGCAUUUCUUAUCCAUUGCCAGAAGAAAAAUUCUAUCCACUUAUUAGUGGGGAGCUAGCUAAAGCUGCAAAUGCAACAGUUGAAGAUGCUAAGCUUUGUAAGCAAGCAACAUUGGAUGCUAGUAAAGUGAAAGGCAAGAUUUUGGUUUGUUUAAGGGGAAAUAACACCAGAGUAGAUAAAGGGCACCAAGCUGUAAUUGGAGGUGCUGUUGGAAUGAUACUUUGCAAUGACCAAACGAGUGGCAAUGACAUUAUUGCAGACGUUCAUCUCCUCCCAGCUUCCCAUAUCACUUACAACGACGGUCUUGCCGUUUUUGCCUACAUCAAUUCUACAAACAAUGCUAUGGGUUCAAUAACCGCACCAAAGGCAAUAUUAGGCAUAAAACCUGCUCCAACUAUGGCUUCUUUUUCAUCCAGAGGUCCUAAUUUGAUUACACCUGCAAUCCUCAAGCCUGAUAUCACUGCACCUGGAGUGAAUGUUAUAGCUGCCUAUACAGAAGGAAAUAACCCCUCAAAUGAAGUGUUUGACAAUCGUAGAACAACAUUCAAUGUAAUGUCUGGAACAUCAAUGUCUUGUCCUCAUGUCUCUGGAGUUGUAGGACUUCUCAAAGCUAUUCAUCCUGAUUGGAGUCCUGCUGCCAUUCGAUCUGCCCUCAUGACUACUGCAAGCCCAAUAGAUAAUACAGGAAAACCGUUGCUUGAUACCACCAAGGAAGCAGCAACACCAUUUGCAUCUGGAGCUGGGCAUAUAAGACCAAAUCUUGCUUCUGAUCCUGGACUAGUAUAUGACUUAGAAGUGAAUGAUUAUUUAAACUUUCUAUGUGCAUCUGGCUAUGAUAGUCAAGUCAUUCGCACCUUCAACAAAGCUCCUUAUAUAUGUCCACCACUUAGUAAUUCAAGUCUUUUGGAAUUCAAUUAUCCUUCAAUAACUGUUCCAGCUCUUUCUGGCAACUUAAUUGUGACUCGUACACUGACAAAUGUCGGUCCACCGAGUACUUACACGGCUCGAGUUGGCCAGCCUCCUGGAAUCUCAGUGGUUGUGGAACCAAAUGUGUUGAUAUUCAAGAGCCAAGGUCAGAAGGAGAGGUUUAGUUUGCAUAUUAAAGCUGUGAAUACUACUUAUUAUCUUGCUGGGGUAGAUCAACACGUAUAUGGAGAGUUGGUAUGGUCAGAUGGUACUCAUACUGUCACAAGUCCAAUUACUGUGGAAAUUGCUCGUUGAGAUCAUAUAUCAUACUUUGAUUAUUGCUUAGCUAAACAACAACAACAACAACAACCUAUUUAUACUAGAACAUAUUUCAUAGUUGAUCUGUCUUUUUGUAACAAGUGUAAGGUGAAUGAAUGAUCACCCUCUCACUUAGGUAGCUAGGUCUCUGUAUCAAGAAAGAAAAAAUACAGAAGAAGAAAAAAAAGGUUAGGUCUAUUAUAUACUUCAUCCUUGUCCUCGUGUGACGGAUGGUUGGCCGAGGCAUAGGAGCGACAACUUGAAGAUUAUAGGUUCGGAUCUCAGUUGUAACACUCAUCUGCUCCACCUUCAGUAAGCAGUUUACUAAACACAUGUACAAAGCUCUAUUUAUCUUGUUUCACUUUACAAAGUUCUGAGAAAGCAGAUUAUGUUUCA